AUGGCCGCCCAAAUCCCCAGGGAAGAGGAGGAAGUCGACGAUGAGUACGGCGACGACUACGAGGUCCCGCUUCACCACAAGCGGCCGUUCGGCGCUGGCAUCCCGCGGAAGCCUAUCCAGUUCGUCAAGGCGUCCGACCCAACGCUCAGUACCACCAAGCCAGAGAAGACCUCCAAAUCUGGCUCUUCAAUAGGCGACUUUUAUCUCAACCUGGUCCUGCCGAAGGAGAAGAGGCCUGCGGAGACACCAAAGGAGGAAGCGCACGUAUGCGCCGUCUGCGACUUACCACUGGAGGAGGAUGCCGUCAAGAAGCUCAGCAAGGGAAGCAGCGCGACGUCCAGACAGAAGCACGAGGCGUCCAUCGCGCAUCAAGUAUGCCUCACUCACUCACAUCCGCCGUCCGCUUUGGACCGGUCUCGCAUGGGGUUGACGUACCUGUCAUCACACGGCUGGGACCCGGACUCGCGGAGAGGACUCGGUGCUGCGCAACAAGGCAUGCAAUAUCCCAUCAAGACGAAACAGAAGGAAGACAAGUACGGUCUGGGCCUGGAGAUCCCGAAAGAGCUGAAGGGCAGGGUUGAAAAGAAGAAGACUCCGACGCUGGACGCGAAGCAGAGUCGCAAGAAGGCCGACGAAGACAGGAGGAAGGCCGAGAGGUUGAGGGAGAUGUUCUACGGGAGCGAGGAUAUGGAUCGGUACCUGGGAACUGGGCGAUGA